CGUUUGAAUUCCCCGGGCCAAUGAUAAUAAAACCCGCAAAAUUUAAAAAUUAGUUCAACUGGCGGCGCUGCGAAGAAAAUUUAAACACAAAAAGUUAGCGGUUUAAAAUGGCGACUUGUGUCAGCUGUAAAAACGCGCGAAUAUAUCGUCAGUUAUUAUUAUUACUAAUAAAUAAUUAUAAGAAAAAUUUUUUUUAUCUAUUUUUCAUACCAAGUAAAUUAUAUACACAAGAUAAAAUUUAAUUAUUGGUAUUAAAAAGUGUUAAAUUAUUGUAUAAAAUAACAUUUAAAUAAAAUGACAAGUCAAUACAGUCAAUUGGAUUCUUUAAAUAUUUAUUUCGUGAUAUUUUCUAAACAUAAAAGUGAACAAAAUUGUUCUGAUGACAUGUGGGAUGCAUUUAACAAAUGUCAAGACAAUGACCUGUUACCACGAUGGAUAACCGAAGAUGAAUGUAAAAUCAUGAAACCCACUAAGACUGAUAUAUUUGUACUAGAGAACUUUUCUGGAGAUAUUUUAAAACAUUUACAACAAUUCAGGUGCUUUAGAAUCGUUGGACCACCAUGUUUACUUCGUUGUUUUUUGACUUGUGAACCAAUACCCGAAGGUACAAGUCCUAUUUAUACAACUUCAAUGCAAGGUUUAGGAAUAACUGCAUCAGGUUUCCCAGCAGAUAUAAAAAAAGACAUUCAAAUGUACGUCGAGUACAUGGGAGGUGUUUAUUACAAAGAUUUACGUGGCUGUGUGACACAUUUGGUAGCACAGUCAGCAACAUCAACAAAAUUUGAGAUUGCCUGUUCAACAAAUAUUCCUGUAUAUACUUACGAUUGGAUUAAAAAAGUGUGGCAGGAAAACUUGAAGACAUUUAUAUCAGCUACUGAUUCACGUUUUGAUAGAUACAAGUGUCCGGUAUUUUUAAACAUCGUUGUCACAGCAUCAAACAUUGGUAAACGUGAUAAAGAAACAAUAAAACAAUUGAUAAUGUCUAAUGGUGGUGAGUUCAUGGGUCCGUUGGAUGGCACCAAAGUAACAGCAGUGAUAACAAAUGAGUAUUCGACAAAUAGCGAUAAAAUAAAGUACGCAAUGACUCAUAAUUUGCCGUGCAUUAAACGGGAUUGGGUGGUUAAGAGUGUGGAAGCUGGAUACGCAUUACCAUUUAACGAUUAUUUAAUUACACCUAAAGGGACAUUAAAAUGCUCAACACCAGAAUCAGGAUCAACGCAGGCUGCUCAAGCAUCAUUUGAUUGUUCGGGCAUGAGUGUUAUUCCUCAUUCAACUCGUAAUUUUAUUGAUGACACUAUACAGUCAAUGAUGAGCACAAUGUCAGAGACUGCGGAGCCUAAUGUGCCUAGUUAUGUAGGAAUUUUAGAGAGUUUAGACAUAAAAGAAGCUAAGAAAGCUGGUCCGUUUCUUGACGGUUGUAAUAUUUAUCUCGCCGGCUUCGCUACUCAUCACCGUGACAAAGUAAUUAAGAUUUUGAAUGCAGGAAGUGCUACGAGAUUUGACGAUUUAUCGGACGCUUUGUCUCACGUUAUUGUUGGUGAUAAAAGUAAAGCUGCACAAGAAUUAAAAUUAAUAAAAUCAAAAGGUUUAAAUUUACAUAUAGUUACUGUUAGUUGGCUACAAGAAAGUAUAAAAUUUAAAAAACCAGCUUCUGAAGAUGCUCAUCGUGUUGACAAACAAAUCACGACAACUAAAACUACAGAACCAGCCUCACCAUUGAGUAAAAAAAGUAUUCAGAUGCUUCAAAAACCACGCAGGCCACCAGUACCGCAGUUUAGUUUUGAUAAACCGGAAAACGAUGAACCGGAUAUUGUACAGCAAUAUUUAAAUAAAACUAAUGAUAAAAUUACAUCAGAGGUGCCGUCAUUCAGCAAUGAAAGGUCCAAUAGUGAUCCUAAAGUAUCAAAUCUCAGUAGAAGUAAAAUAUCGAGUGAAAAAAAAAGUAAUUCUGAGUCAAAUACUUCAAUAACACGGACUUCACAACGUUAUAUCAAUCAGACAGGUGAAAGUAAUCAGCCGACUCAGUCAACGGUGCCUGACCAAAUAUUCGACGAUUUAAAAUUUUUGUUGAUUGGAUUAGAUGACGAAGAGUAUUUGCAAAUGAGCAGUACUAUUGAAGCUGUAGGUGGAAAAAUAGUUACUAAUUCAUUUAAAGGUAUUCCUGAUUAUGCAGUUGUUCCAGUUACCGGAGCAGCGUUAAAACACACUGUGGGUGAAAUAGUGACACCUUUAUUCAUCGAAGAGUGUAUUGAAAUGGAAAAAGUUGUUGAUAUUAUGUAUUAUCACCGAGCGUUAUCCAUUCCCGAUAGUGCAAAACCACUGUCAGAAUGUGUAGUCGCUACCAGUUCAUACAGCAGCUCUGAAAGAUAUUAUUUACAACAAUUAGCAAUAGCUUUGGGUGCUAAUUAUCAAGACACAUUUGCCCGUAAAACAAAUAUUGAAAAAGAUCAAUACGCGGCAACGCAUUUAAUUUGUUUAGAACCGUCAGGUAAUAAAUAUAAUGCUGCUGUUAAAUGGAAACUACCAGCAGUUACAGCUGAUUGGUUGCGUGCCUGUGGUGAAAGACUUACGCUUGUUGAUGAAACACCAUAUUUGGUUGGUGAAACAAUGGCACCAGAGAGAUCUAAUAACCAGAAAUCUACAAGCCAAUCAUCAGCUAAUCAGAUUAAUGAAUCAAUGGGACCACCCUCAACACCAGCUGUUCGACAAGUCCUUACACCAAAACGUCGUUUAACUCAGACACCGGGUGUUGAAACUCCGUUGAUAAACAAGCGAUUGAAUUUAAGCGGUCAUCAAAACACACCACAGUCACCUUUUCAUGUCAAUACACCGGAAACGCCGUACGGUCAAAUAUUUAGAACAAACCCAUCACCGAAUUUAAGAAAAGCUUGUGCCAAGUGGAUUGACAGUCUGCCUGAUAAAGUUGAAGCUCCUCAACCACGACAACGAGCACCCAGUACUCCAUUGUCGGAACUAAAAAAACAAAUGUGGUCAGCGAUGAAAAAACCAGGUGGUGAUAAAAAUCAACAGCCACUAGAUCAAAGUACACCUGAUCAAGCUUCAGUAGAUUCACCGCAUCAAGCAACUGAUUUAUCGCAUCAAAGAAUAAAUUCUUCGCAUCAAAGUAUUAAUGAAGAUCAUACUCACAUGAGUUAUGAAGAAGAAAAUAAUGCAGAACCAGAUGAACCAGUACCAAGACAAUUAUUUGCUAAUGAAUUAGAAAAUGAAAAUAAUCCAAUUAACGAGCAGCUCGAACACAUGAAUAAAUUACUUAAUUCUGCCCGUACAAGCUCUGCGGAAUCGAGAUUCUCACUUAAUGGUGAUAACAAAAUUUAUGAUGAUCCUAAAGAGCGCAAUAAUUAUUUAGUACCAGAUACUCAACCAGAAAGCGUUGGCUGGGAGGAUCCAAAUCCGCCACGUAUGUCAUCAAAAUUAUUGGGAAAUAGUUUACAAACACCUGAAAGCUCCUUGGAGCCAUCAAGAUUAGAAAUUAGUAUUCGAGAAACACCAAAGCGUAAAUUUAUGCUGUCGGGAUUGAAGGACAGGCCGAGUUAUGAAGAAGCUAUAAGACAAUUGGGUGGUGAAAUAUCAACAGAUGCAAAUUUUGAUCCAACUGCGACCCAUCUUUUGUGUAUCAGACCGUCGAGAAAUGAAAAAAUGCUUGGCAGUAUUGCUUCUGGUAAAUGGGUACUACACUGUUCAUACAUACGCGCUUGUGAAAACGCUGGUGAAUUUGUUGAUGAAGAGGAUUACGAGUGGGGUAAUUCGCGAUGUGAUAAAAUGAAAGAAUUAACGACAGCUCAAGAGAUUGAAUUAGCGAAAGCCGCUUACCGGUGGCGUAUUAAAUUGAGUAAUAAAAAUAGCGGUGCAUUUGAAAAUAUGGUAGCAAUAUUAAUUGUCCCAAAAGAAAAAUAUCCGCAGUUCGAGAGACUUAUUAAUGCAGGUGGCGGUAUUGUUGUUCAAGCUAAACAUCCCUACGACAGUCCUAAAGGUAAAAAAAUAACUCAUUGUUUUAUACAGAUUAACAAAGUUACACAGACUAUAGAUUGGGCGAUGUUAGCUAGCAAAGGAAUAUUGUGUUUUUUACCUCCUUAUUUAAAUUCAUUCCUAACUUCCACGGAUGCUUUGAAUCCACGCGAGCACGUUAUCGCGGAAUUCAAAAAAUAUCUUACUUUGUUUCCCAAAUAAUUCAAUUGGAUUUUUUUUUUUUUUUUUUUUAUCUAUAUAUUUAUAUAUUAUUGAAGGGAGAUGUUUUUGUAAAAUUUAUUAUUACAUCUAUAAUGAUAAAAAUAUUUCUUUAAAUGAUGAAAUAAAAAUUAUUGGUUUAAUAACAACAUCAAUUAUUGUGUUUAAGAUAAACAGUUACAAUUAUAUAUUUUUAAUAAAUUAUUACUACAUAAUUAAGAAUUUAUUUUUUUGAAAUAUAAAUGAAUACCAUUAGCUGGGGUCGUAAAUAUAUUACGAGUAUUUAUUUCUGUUUUAUAUUUUGGAUUAACAGUUACUUGAUAAUCUUGAAGGAUUCUCACUAAACCAACGGCUGUUUGUAGCAUUCCAACACGUAAAGCUGAAA